AUGGACGGUCCUCAGCUGUCUCGGAGCUGUGAACUGUCUCUGCCCUGUUGUGCAGACGGAGUGUCAUUGUCGAGCGCUAAAGCCCCCCAAGUCAGUGGGGUCAGAGUUCAGCUGGAGAUGCAUGCACUUUGGCAGCAGUUUGACCAGCUGGGCACAGAGAUGAUUGUUACCAAAGCUGGACGGAGGAUGUUUCCAACAUUCCAGGUGCGAAUCUCUGGCAUGGAUCCUGCUGCUGAAUAUGUUCUGCUCAUGGACUUCAUCCCUGUUGAUGAUAAAAGAUACAGAUAUGCGUUCCACAGCUCAUCCUGGUUGGUGGCAGGUCGAGCAGAUGUUGCAGCUCCAAGCAGGAUGCAUUUCCACCCAGACUCACCAGCCCGUGGAGCCCAAUGGAUGAAGCAGACUGUAUCCUUCGACACCCUCAAGCUCACCAACAACCUGCUGGAUGACAACGGACAUAUGAUACUGAACUCUAUGCAUCGCUACCAGCCGCGCUUCCAUGUGGUGUAUGUGGAUCCGGCACCCAACAGCCAUUUGAAUGCAUACAGGAACUUCUGCUCCUUCUCAUUCCCUGAGACACGCUUCAUGGCGGUCACCGCCUAUCAGAACCACCGGAUCACCCAGCUAAAGAUUGCCAGCAACCCCUUUGCUAAAGGCUUCAGGACUACAGACCCUCAGGACUGGUGA